AGACACCACCCUCCCGCACCCCCGGAGGAAACUUAAACCACCACCAGGUCACUCCCCUUCACUACAGCGCUGCGCUCCGGGACAUCAGCACUGCAGCCCAGCAGGCUCUUGCUCCCACAGGUGCCAGGACCAGCCUCAGUCCACACGAGCUCUCCGUGUCAGUGACACGACCUAGAAGAGAUCCAAGAUGUUGGUGCUCCUGGCUGGCAUCUUUGUGGUUCACAUUGCCACUGUCAUCAUGCUCUUUGUCUCCACCAUUGCCAACGUUUGGAUGGUGGGUUCUUCCACUAUGGGAACGGUCUCAUCAGGACUCUGGCUACUGUGCAACACGACCUGCACAGCGCUGCCAGUCAGCAGCGAUGAUGAGACUUCCCUCAGAGCCACGCAAGCCUUUAUGAUCCUCUCAAUCAUUUUCUCCGUCGUUGCGCUUGCCAUGUUCGUUGUCCAGCUCUUUACCCUGGAGAAAGGCAAACGUUUCUACAUCACUGGAGCCAUCAUGUUGGUUUGCUGGCUGUGCAUUCUGAUUGGAGUCUCCAUUUACACAGCUCGCUUCACAGGCAUGAUGAGUGUCUUGGAACGUCCUCACCAUGGCUACUGCUUCAUAUUGGCUUGGAUCUGUUUUUGCUUCAGUUUCAUCACUGGCAUCCUCUAUCUUGUUCUUAGGAAAAAAUAAGGCUGGUGGGAGGCCAGGGGAGAGGGUUGGUUACUGGGAAUGGGGAAGAAUUGCUCUGCUGAGAGAACUGUUGGGCCAAUAGACAGAAAUGGCCACAAAAAUGACCACUGCCACCACCACCACCACAGAAAAAUCACUAACAAAGCUAGAAACUUCAGAAUGUCCUUCACCAAAAAGAGGGAGGAACAGCUCCAGUUUUAGCACUCUUGGGGCUGCUGCACCAGAGAUCUGCAAGUGACCCAGACAGCUCUUCUCCUUUUCUGCAAAGGCAUGUCAUAUCCUCACAAAGCUUCAAGCUCAGAAGUGAUGAUUGAAGAGCACUACACAAACAAGGGCUACACCUUUUUCCCUUCCUACAGCCCUUCUCAUUUACUUUUUGGUGUGCCUUGUGGCUUGGGCAGUGAGGCUUAUGACCCUUUUUUAUUUGUCUUUCGAAACAUAUGGGAUGGGUCUUUUUUGUUACAUUUUAUAUAUUAUAUAUAUAUAUAUGCACAUAUGUGAAAGUUAAAGACAUUAAAUUGAGAUGCAAUCCACUAGAAAUCAGACUACAUUCAUAGUAAAAUGUCUCCAGAAAUAAGGCAGCAAUAUUUUUGGCUGUUCUGUUUACUAUUUGAUAUUCCCAUAACUGAACCAGAGGCAUGUAAGAAGGGCACAUCCACAGGUGUGGAUGAUAGACAGGGACAGAAAGAGAGAGAGAGAAGUAUGGAGAUAAAGAUACACAGGGUCUCCUAAUUACAGAGGAUGGAGUUGCUCAAUGAUGCAUAAGUAGGGAGAGGAAUCACCUGAGUGCAUGUCUAAUGCUGAAAUCUUCUGUUCAGCUCCAGAACAUGGUAACAGCCCUGCAACGUGGCAGAUCUUUACUGAGACAGGUCCUUAUCUGUAGGCAGGGUGUUCUCCCCACAUUGUCAUCCAAUGCAUAGUAUUGAUUGAACCUUUUGACACAUCUCAUCUCUAAAGGAGGUGAUACUAGCGUGCAGGGGAACUGCACUCUGCAAUGAGAGUUUGGAAGAGAUGAGGCAGAGCUUUUGAGUUCUGCUCGUUGGGGCUGCACGACCUUAGGCCAGUCAUUUAACCUGGUGCUUUUCCAUCUGCCAAAUCCUUCCACAAAACUAUACCUACCUCCCAGGGUUGCUGAGACAUUUGGAGUCCACUCUGUAAUACGAGGUCCCCAUGUGAAAGGCUGGCAUGGGAAAGUAGGGCACUGACACUGCUGCAACCCACAAAUUUGUCAGCUCAAUGAAUCUCAGUCACUAGUGGCAUUUGUAAGGGACAAAAGGUCAACACUUCUUGUGAUUCCAUCCACAACUGAAGGGCAGAGUAUGAAAAAGAAACCAGCCCAAGAUUCAGGUGCAGAUUGUGCAUGGAUGCUAUUUACACCUCUCUCUCUCUCUUUCUUUUCUGUUACAUUUUCUUCUUUUGUAGACCUUCUAAAUUGGGUGGAUCUAUUCUAGUACUGUAUGUUGCUGUUUCAUUAACAAAGGUUAUUUCAUAUAUAGUCCUUGUAAAUAUUUUGAAAUGCAUAUUUUUAACUUCAACUGUAGAAAAGAAUAAAACCUAAUUCCCUUUAUUAGAAA